GAGGCCACGCCCCCCUUGGAGGAAACCAAGCUGCGUUGAAGCAGAGAGAGGAAGCAGGAAGAUCUUUCCUUUUUCUCUGCUGAAAUGCCGCCAGAAAGAUGAUUAAGGUAAUGACUUUUGUCUUCAUCCUAUAACCAGUCGUCAUGGCAACGCAGGUCGACACCUCCUUGAUCUCCACCAGCAUUGCUGACCUCCGACGAGCUUUCUCUGCUUCCCUUCCCAAUACGAGCGAAAAGUUUGUCCCGCCAACUACGCCACUCCUUUGCCCAUCCACUAUGCCUCUGGCCUCGGUAAAGCCACGCUUGACCCCCAGGCCCUUCUCGAGGGGGUCAUCUGCUGAGACCUUUGCUGCCGUGAAACCGGCCUUCAAAACGCCUCCGAAUCCAUCCGUUUCGGGCCAGAAAUUGAUCGAAGAUCCGGCAUUUCAUCCCUCUCCGCAGGUGAAUACCGUCAUCCUCUUUGAAACGGGGAGAAAAAAUGAGUGCAAUAUCCGGUCCGACAAAGGAGAUGGAUCAGAAUCUUUAACAGGUUCCCCCGUCAAGAGUGAAAUAACUGCUCCCAUUCGCCCAUUGUCAGCCAUCUUCCUUGACUCAUUACAGGACACUAAACGAGCUUCUGAUGAUCCCGAAAAGCCAUGGGUGAGGAAGCCACGGCCGUUGUCGAUGGACCUGACAGCCAAAUUUGAAAACCGGAAGUCCGUCCCCCCUGAAAAUAAGGAAACAAUGGCCGAAGUACAGAGGAAAUCCAGAUUGGUUGACUCAUCAAAACCGCAUCCCGUUACAAAGAAAUUAAUUGGAGUCGACUCGUCAAAAUCAGAUCCCAUUAUGAAGAAAUCAACUGAAGUUGACUCAUUGAAAGCAGAUCCCGUUACAAACAUAUUAAUUGGAGUCGACUCGUCAAAACAGGAUCCUGUUCACAGCGAGACACAGAAGAAGCCAUCUGGUUCAAUUGGAAUCGAAUUGUCAAAACGGGAUCUCGUUAAGAGCGAGAUUCAGAAGCCAUUUGGAUUAAUAGGAGUCGACUCGUCAAAAUUCGAAACUCGGAAGUCCAUUUUCCCUGAAAAUAAAGAAAUGGCGGUUGAAUCGUCACAGCAGAAAAAAUCUGGAUUGAUCGACUUGUCAAAACAAGAUCCUGUUACAAACAAAUCAAUUGGAGUUGUCUUGUCAAAACCAGAUCCCAUUAAGGGCGAGAUACAGAAGAAGCCGCCUGGAUUCAUUGACUCGUUGAAACAGGAUCCUGUUCAGAACGAGACACAGAAUAAACCUUCUGGAUUAAUUGAAACCGACUCAUCAAAAUUCGAAACCCGGAAAUCUGUUUCCCCUGAAAACAAAGAAACUGUUGAAUUGUCGAAAAAAUCCGGAUCGAUCAACUCGUCAAAAGUGGAUCCCAUUAAGAGCGAGAUACAGAAGUUGUCUAGAUUAACAGAUUUGUCGAAAAUGGAUACUGUUAAGAGUGAAGUACCGAAGCCAUCUGUUUUAAUCAACUCGUCAAAAUUGGAUUCUAUUAAAAGUGAUAUACAGCAGCCAUCUUUGAUAAUCGACUCAUCAAAAGUGGAUCCCAUUAAGAGCGAGAUACAGAAGCUGUCUAUUUCAGUUGACUCAUUGAAACCGGAUCCUAUUAAGAGCAAGAUACGGCAGCCAACUAAUUUAAUCGACUCUUCAAAACGGGAUCUUGUUCAGAGCAAGCCAACUGAGGCCUCAGGGGGAGAAAUGUCGGAGUCUCAUUUUGGCUAUUUCCCCGUUUCACCGGAUGCCGGAAAUGCCUCGAAUGAGACGAAGAUGACAAACGUCCAGCAGAGGAUCAAGGAACUGACUGCCGACAACAUGGAGAUCAAACCGGGGAACCUUCGGCGGUCCUUCCGCUCCCAGGGAAUCUUGUCGGACUUGACGAAGCUCAAUUUCUCCGCUCCACUGACGACAACUGAAACAAGAGCCGAAAGGUCAAUGGAUUUGACCCGGAAGUACAAUAUUGAAGCACAGGAAGUCCUCCAAGAGAAAGAGAAAACAGAAUCCCGGAAGUCCGAGCCCGCGAUUCCGUGGAAGUCUCCACAGAUGACAAAAACAGCAGAGAAAGAUGGUGGAUUUAUUAAAGAGAAGCAGAGCACUUCCUCGCUGCCGGGUGCCAACAUCAUCAAAUCCCAGCCGAUCCCCCAAAAUCCCGGCAUCAAAACCGUCCGGGCGACUAUGUUCGAUCACACCGUGGAGCGUCAUACGGUGUCUGUGAGUGGACUCAAAACAGAAGCAAAUGAGAGCAUCAAGAAAGUCCCGGUAACUUUGAGGAAAGUCUCAUCGGAGGCCGAAAAACAGCAGAAAGCGAGGCUUGAUGACAAUGAGGAUGACCCGUUGAUGUAUCAACGGAUCGAACCACGGUAUGAAAUCCUCCAAACAGUCGGUGAACAGGUCCGGAGUGAGGCCGUGGCAACGGUGCCAGAAGAUAAAGCUGUCACGUUACGGAGCCGAAAGUCCUCGAGAGAGAGGCGGAAAACAGAUGGCAACUUUGGUGUAAUAGAUUCAGUUUGGGCCCGCUGUCUUGAAUUUCAGGAUGAACGAAAAGCAAAAGAUUUGGAAGAUGGCAUCGCAAGAGAGAUGAAAGGAGAAGCAAGUGAAGGGAAGAAAAGUUGGAGCGGACAACAUGUGACGGCGGCAAGAAUGUCAUACCUUACAAGCCGGAAUUGGGAGCAAACGGAGGAGAAAGAGUCAAAGAUUGUGGUAGAAACUGAAAACAAGAAAGUAGCCAAUAAUAUGAGACCGUCGUACCGUACAAGCCAUAAUAAGGAUUGGGAGCGGAUGGAGGAGAAAGCAUCCAAGAUUUCUGCAGAAACGGAAAACCAGAAAGUCGCCAAUAAUACAAGAACAUCAUACCGUACAAGCCAUAGUAAGGAUUGGGAGCAAACGGAGGAGAAAACUUCCAAGAUUCCGGUCGAAAUAGCAAACAAGAAAGCCGUUGAUAAUACAAGAGACAUUUCCACAAUGCCGAAAAACUUCCUCGGCCAUUCUGGAAAUGAACAGGGAUGGAAAGAUGGAAACGAUUCUCAAUUAAGAAUGAUUGAUCGACCGAGUGUGAUGGGCAUUCGAACAAGCCGAUGGCAACGGAAUGGAGAGGCACAAAAAACGAACAAGCAAGAUGAGUCCCAAGUCGUUAUUCCAGAUGAAUCUGGUAUUUCCAACCGCAGAAUGAAAGAGGUGGAUGAGAGGGUGAAGAUGAGCACCUGCAGCUCAGAAAAAACGAAUGAGCGAGUCGUUAUUGCGGAAGGAAUGCAAAGGUGGAGUUCCGAAUGCAAAGAUGAGGAUCAAGAAAUCAAUGUGGAUGAAAGAGUGAAGAAAAAAGGUCCAAAACUCUUGGAAAGAUGGCGGAGGAAAACUCUACCGCAUGACACUGUAAGGAUCGAGGAUGUUGUAACAAUCCCACAAGAGAGAGGGAAGUCUCCCAUCCAGAGGGACUCGUUUCAACUUUGGGAGAAUUCGGUGACAAAGAGAAGUCCCAAACGAGAAGCGAAGGAAGGUCAGAACAACACACACUCACCAUCUGAAUUGAAAUCGACGCAUUUCACUUUCACUUCCCAGAUCCCUGAUGAAAACAAGAAUUUAUCAGGCAAAGUAUCAAAUAGUAACGUUCCUCGGUUAACGAGGGACGCUUCCAUUCCUAAAAUACCUCGUCCGCAUCAUAAAAGGUUUUCCAAUAUGGACAAGGGAGAAGCAAUAGCUGCAGAGGUCGUAAUGAAAUCCCCGCAAACAGAGACCAGCCAUAAUUGGGGAAACGAGAGAGUCACCGAUGUCGAUUUCCUGCUCUAUGGCUCAAGGCCAAAGUCGUCAUCCCAAAAAAGGAGUAGCGACCAUCAUCUUGGUAAAGAUGGUUAUCGAUCUAGGGUUCUUGACCUCGAUGCGCUGAUGGUGGAAUAUAAGGAAAACCCAAUUCAGGGCAAACAAGAAAUGGUCCUUCCAGAAGAAAAGGAGAAAUUGCGAUAUUCAGAAAAAAACGAGAAAUUGCUGUAUUCCGUGGAUGGGAAAUUACAACAUUCUGCUGAUGGGAAAUUACGAUAUUCCACAGAUGAGAAAUUACGGCAUUCCACAGAUGAAAAAUCGCGAUAUUCCGCAGAUGAGAAAUUGCGACAUUCAGCAGGUGAGAAAUUACGAUAUUCCACAGAUGAGAAAAUGAAAUAUUCUGCAGAUGAGAAAUUACGACUUUCCACAGAUGAAAAAUUUCAACUUUCCACCGAUGAGAAAUUACAACAUUCUGCUGAUGGGAAAUUACGAUGUUCCUCAGAUGAGAAAUUGCGAUGUGUUGCCAAUCCGCCAUUGGCUUGUAAGAAGACCUUCCUCGUCGAUGAGGAGGAUCUUGUUCCUCCGCAAUCCUGUCCUUCGCGGUCAAGCAAGGUUAAGGUAAACAACAACAAGCAUCCAGAUGUUCAUCCGCAAUGGACAAACAGGGGAAACGUCAAUGAUGAGAACAAGAGCACAUCGGGAUCGGCAUGCACACUUCCAGAUCUAAGACGAUCCUUCUCCGAAAAGGCCCGGACAUCGGGAUCACAAGGAAGAGGCUCGCCAAAGUAUCUGAUGGAACGAGGGAUUGAGCCCGAGAAUCCGAGCAGAACGAGCGUUUCUUCUCCACUUGAAGAGAGAAGGAUGGAUGUUGGAAGUAAUGAUCCUUAUAUUCCGAUCCAACGCCGGAGUCGCAGUUUCUACAGAGAGAGGAGGACGGAUCAUUGGCCGAUGGACCAAUUGAAGCAAUGCUUCGUCCGUCCAGCAACCGGAGCAAAAGACACUGAUAAUCUUGUUCCAGAAGCCGAUAAUAAUCAAUAUGGCACUUGGGAGGAACGAGGAAGCGCCGAUAAUCUCCCAUCGACUUCCUCCUCCUUGCAUAUGGAACAGAAGUCGGACUGCAUUGACAGCACAAGAAUCCAUGACUUUUCCUUCCUGGAUCCGGCCCCGAUCCUGGACUCAUCUGCCUUGAAGGCGCGUGUCCACCUGAGCAAGAGACGACGACAGCGCCGGGCCCCCAUUUCCCUUUCCUUACGGAGGAGCCGGAGCCGGGAAGAGGAAGAGGAAGUGGAGGAAAAGGCAGGAUCCCCUGCGGCCCAUCCACAAAGGCUGCCUGCUUUCCCCGCUAUGGACCCUGUGGCACUCAAGGUGCAACUCAGGAAAAGGCAGGAAGUUGACGGAAACCGAGGAGGAGGGGCUGAAGGCACUGUUCCUGUGCAGCCACCAUCCCGAUGGAGGGAAGAAAGGUCAGAAGAAGUCCCUCCUCAAUGGCUGAAGGAGCUCAUGUCAAAACGUCGGCCGAGCCAAUGGGAAAACCAAGUCUAAAGGAAGCGGAAAAAGGAAACAUUUCCUAUUUGUUUCAAUGGAAGAAGAAGCCUUAAUUUUCCCUCUUCCCAUUGUGUGCCUUUUCAAGCUGGAGGAGGAAGAGGAAAUGGGGAAAAACCUAGACUUCCUGUUGAGACAGGAAGUGAUUCUGGUGCUGGCCCCCUAGAGGACAACGGAGUCAUGGCAACCUGGAAUUUCUAUUAAAUUUUUAUUUUUUAUAAAGAAGGAAAAGCCGAAUAAAGGAAAAAAGAACGAAGAAAAAUUGGAAAUAGAGGAAAUAUAUUUUAAUUUUUUUUAAAGAAAAUAUUAUUAAAAAUAGGAUAAAAUAAUAUAAAAUAUAUGACAUGGAGGAAAAAUAGAAUAAUGAUGAUUAAAAAUGAGGAAAAAUAAAAUAAUUUUGUAAAGGAGGAAAAGAUGAAUGAAAGAAAACAAUAAAGUUUUUUUUUAAUAUUCAAAAAUUAUUAGAAAAUUAGUAUAAAAAGGACAAUUAGGUGGUUGUACUGGAUGGUCCAUGAGGUCUCUUCCAACUCUAUGAUUCUACGAUUAGAAAAAAUGCUGAAAAAUGAAAACAAUUAGUAUUUAAAAUUGAGGAAAAAAUAAAAUAAAUGACAAAAAACAGUUUUUCAAAUGAAAAAACGUGAAAAUAAUAAUUAUUUAAAAUUGAGGAAAAAAUAAAAUAAAUGACAAAAACAGUUUUUCAAAUGAAAAAAUGUGAAAAUAAUAAUUAUUUUAAAAUGAGGAAAAAAUAAAAUAAAAUAAUGAGGAUGAUAUGGAUGAACUGAAUUUUGCAAAUUGCACAAAAGACCCUUUAUUUUUAAAUAAUAAAAAUAUAAGCAAAGAAAUUCAACAAUUUUACAAAUUUAAAAAAAGGAAUAAAAAUUCCAAAUUCCUGCCAAUUUUAUUUAAAAAAUUCCAAAUUCCUCAAAAAAUUUAGAAAAAACCCAAAUUCCUGCAAGUUUUAGAAGAACAUUGAAUUCCUGCAAAUUUUAGAGAAAAUUACAAAUUGUUGAAAAUUUUUCAAAAUUUAUUUUUGCCAAGUUAAGAAAAAAAUGAAUAAAAGACGUGGGUUAUUAUAAAUGAAGAAAAUAUGGACAAACAAAAUUAAAAAUGUAAAAAUGAAGAAAAUGUGAAAAAUAAAAUGCAUUUGUAAAAUGAAGAAAAUAUGCAGAAAACUGACGAAAAACUUUUUAAAAAAUUGAAAAUGAGGAAAUGAUGAAAAAUUUAAUAAUUUCAAAUGAAGAAUAUUAGCAAGUUAGAAAAAAUAUAUAAAAAUCUUUUUUUAAAAAAAAUGGAGAGUUUGAAAAAUAGAUUUUUUAAAUUGAGGAAAAAUAAAUAUAAUACAUAUAUAAAUAAAAAUAAGUUUAUUGAAUAAAUAUUUGAAAAAUAUAGACCAUAAAAUGGAAUCAAAUUGAUUUUUUUUCCAAAAAAAAGAGAGAAAAAAAUGGGAAAAAUGGAUAAAUAAAAGAAAAGAAAUAAAAUAAAACUGAAUUUUGAAAAAAAAAGGAAAAGAUGGAUAAAUGCAAAAAAGGAACGAAAAUAUGAACAAAUUAAUAGUUUUUUUAAAAAUAAAGAAUGUGAAUUACAUUUUCUGCCAUAGUGAGAAGGAAAUAAUGACAAUUAUAUUUUUAAUAGGAUAUUUUUUCCCCCCGGAAAUGUUUUCAGGGCCAGAAGAAGAAAUAGGAUUAUUUUUGUUGUUUUUCUUGUUGUUACCAAUGUUUUCUUUAUUAUUAUGAAUUUUUUUAGAAUUAAAAAAAUAUUCUUUUUUAGGAUCAAAAAAUAAAGAUUUUGUGUCUUGAUUGAUUUAUGAUGAUGAAAGUUUGAUAAUGUAAUAAAAGUCUAUGAGUUUUAAUUCA